AAGAUAAGAUGUGCACAUAAACAUCCCUGUGUGGUCACAUCAAAUCAUAUUCACCAACACAACAUCAACAGCGGCUCCUCAUCUUCUUAAAAAAAAAGCAUCUUGGAUAUCUAACUUCUGUAACAAAGAUAGCCUUAGGUCAGGGAUACAUUUAAUACAGUAAUAAUGAUGACAAUGUUCUUGUCUGUUUCAACCAGAACAAUGAAACACAGUUCAGUUCUGCUUUUGCUGUUCCUUCUGGGGACGUGCUCGGCUUACACCUAUCAAAAUGUGGCCUUGCGUGGGAAAGCGACCCAGUCAAACCGUUUUGCUGACAUGUAUGGUUUUGCCCACAAUGCUAUUGAUGGAAACCGUGAAUUUGACUACAGCGCCGGAUCAUGCACCCACACUAUUGAACAGACCAACCCCUGGUGGAGAGUGGACCUGCUGGAGUCCUACAUCGUCACCUCCAUCAUCAUCACCAACAGAGGAGACUGCUGUGCAGAAAGGCUCAACGGGGCAGAGAUUCACAUCGGCAACUCUUUACAAGACAAUGGUGCUGCAAACCCCAUGGUUGGUGUAAUUUCAAAUAUUCCAGCAGGCAGGUCUCUAAAAAUUACUGUUACCAGUCUUGUGGAGGGACGUUAUGUCACUGUGGUUCUACCUGGUUUAAAAAGAGUCCUUACACUCUGCGAAGUGGAAGUCUACGGCUACCGGGCCCCAACUGGAGACAACCUGGCACUCCAAGGAAAAGCCUCACAGUCAUCAUUGUAUUCUAACGGCAUUGCAUAUAAUGCUAUAGAUGGGAAUCGUGACGGCAUCUGGAGCAAGGGUUCUUGUACUCACACAAAACCCGACUUUAACCCCUGGUGGCGACUGGACCUGGUCAAAACCCACAAAGUGUUUUCUGUUAACAUAACCAACACUGUAGAUUCUGUCCCACAACGACUCAAUGGAGCUGAAAUUCGAAUUGGACAUUCUCUUGAUAACAAUGGAAACAACAAUCCUAGGUGUGCUGUGAUCUCAAGCAUCCCUGGAGGUUUCACUGAAACCUUCCAGUGUAACGGGAUGGACGGUCGCUACGUUAACAUCGUUAUUCCUGGAAGAAGCGAGUACCUGACCCUGUGUGAGGUGGAGGUCUACGGCUCCAGACUGGAUUAGGUCUGAGGAGGUUCAAAAUGUAUAACAACAUUUUACAUUGCAGAUGUUCAGCUGAUGCUCUUGUACAGACUCAUGUUGCAACCAUAGAUUAAGAUUAAUUUGCUAUCUAAAUUUAAAAAGUGUUGAUCUCCGAAUGCGAAUGAACGGACUCCAGAGGAGGAAAUGUCAUUCUUAUACGAGGCUCCUUUUUCAACUACAAGGUCAAUAUUGUUUUUCACUAACGACAAAACAACAAAUUAUCCGUGCGUUUAUAUGGCGCUAAGCUUUAGGAGCGUUCCAUCUUUACUCUCCUCCCUGUUUCGUUGCAUUCGGAGAUCGACUCUUUUUGACUGGCAAGAUUGACGGCGACCGGAAACAACAACUGCUAAAGUGAGUUGUUCAAAACCUUUCUUUUUAGUAAACUCUGUGUACACAAACAAUGUUCUCAACGCUGGAGUUGAUGUGUAGAGCCCCUGGUGAUACUUGGAGCAAAGUU